UCCUGUAAAACUUUGGUAAAUCGUUCAAUUGUGAUUUUCAAUUUUGAGAAAAAUCAUUCGUUCGUUAAUUUUUAUUUCUAAUUGAUUUAAUUGAUAAGCGUAACUCAAGUACUAACGAAGCACGUCUGAAUUUGCGCCCGAGGAAUGUUUUCACGAUGUACAAAUACGCUGAACUGGUGUACAAUGAGUCUGCGCAUGCGUCAAACUGUCAUAGGCUGGUAAUUUCUUUAAUUCCACGCAUGAUUCAGGUACGCUGCAUGAGCGCAUGUAAGUAUGUGGUUACAUGCUAAGAACAUGUGUCCUUGUGACAGAAGCAAUGUGUUAACAAAUAAAUCUACCAUUGAAAAUUGUAAUUGGUUCUUUGUUCAGAAAAAUUGUUUGCUCUUGAGCCAAACUAUAGGACCCAAAAGUGAAUCUAUCACAAUGACAUCAGAGGACCAAAAAUGGCGGAUGUGCUGUCUGAUUUUUGUUUGUAUCAACAUCGUAACAUCCUCAACACCCGCAAAUCACAAAGAUUCUUCGGAAGACUCAACCUUGCCAAUGGAAACAAGAUCAGAACCAGUCGAUCUAGAUUUGAACCAGAUGAAGUCAAACAACAUCGAUCAAUCAAAAUCCAAUGAAAAAACUGAUAAACCAAUCGUACCAACUAUGGCAGAAGAAAGAGGUUUCCAUAGUAUCAAGUCCAGUAUCAAAGACAGUUAUCUCGAUGCCCUGGAACAUUCCCAUACGAGUAAAGAUCCUAACGAAGGAAUAGUCAAGGUGGAUACCCGACCAAAGACUUCAAGAAUCAUUCGACGUGAAUUUGUCCAAGGACCAAUUUACAAACCGGAAGGAUCAUCAAAGGAUCCUGACAGAGUAUCCUAUGAAUCAUCAAACGACCUAUCUUACGGUCCACCGACGGGUAGCUAUCUACCACCACAGGAUUCUGCAGCAUCUUAUAGCCCCAAGGAUCCAAGUAUUUCUUAUGGGGUUCCUGGUCCUGUCGGUCCAAGUCAGCCACCCUUUUUACCAACCCCUAGUGACUCGUACUCGCUGCCUGUUCAAUCUUCGGUCAAUUUCAACAACCAGAAUUACGGACUACCUCAAACUUCUUACGGGGCACCCAAUCCUGGUUAUGGUCCUCCAGUACCUCAGAAUUCUUAUGGGGCGCCAAGCAACUAUUUGCCCCAGCAACCACAGCAAGGUGAGCCAAGAGGUUAUCCAGCUCCGGUUUACGGUGCCCCGUAUGCUCUGCCGAAUAUACCACAACUCCCGUCUUUUCCGUCUAUAGAUUUCAGCUGGCCGCUUGCACUGAAACUCAAUGCCUUCACAAUCGCGAAAAUUCUUCUGAAACUCGUUAUAUUCAAGAUGAUCGUUAAAUUCAUCGCGUUGAUCUGUCUGCUCCUCUUCAUUCCGAAAUUGGAAAUUAUCAAGAAGAAAACGGAGAAUGACGACGAGGAACGUAGUGGCGUUAAUUCAUCAAAUUCAACAUUGGACCGUCUUAAUGUUCUGACAUCGUUGGUGAUGAGUUCCAUUGAUAAACACGAGAAGAAAAAUACACAACAGGAAGAAAGCUGUGAAGGUUUUGGCUGUCGGAUUAAAAAAGCUCUGAUCUCCAAUGAUUCUUGGAAGGAUUAUUUAAAAUUAUUUAAAAGUUAUGUUGUCGAGGAACAACGAGUCAAGAAACCUACAAAAUUUUCAUAAAUUUUUGUAGCUCUUGAUUACGUAUCAUUUGUCAUCUUGAAAAUCAUCCAUCGAACAGUAACAAAAAUCUGUAAAUUAUUUAUUUAUUUAUUUAUACGAAUCAAAUAUUUUCAAUAUUUAAUAUUUCAUAUUUUCCAUUACCUGUUCAAACGACAGUGUAAACAAUAAAGAAAAUAUGAUUGACAAAAAAAAUCGUAUCUUGCGUCAAAACAAAUACAAUACACUCAGAUGGAUCUUGUAUUACCAAAAAACGGUAACUUUUCCGCUGCCUAUACUCGUUUCUGUCAAUGCUGAAAGUCAGAUAAUACGCAACAAGAAUACGAAGGAUGUGAAUUAUGCAGUGACUAAUAUAGUUGCAUAAUGAAACGGAUAGUAGUUGAUUGGUGGAUAAGAAACUGGAAAGGACAGGACAGUAUUUCCAAUUGAAAAUAAUUGUCAAGGUCGCCGUAGCAUAGGCACAUGUGAUCUAUUUACGCAUAUGUGGUAUCAGAGAUCUAUUUUUCCUUUGCAUUAAAAAAAAAAAAGAAUACAAAAAAUCAUUCACACAUACUACGCCGCCAAUCGGUUGAAACUAGCAGAUGAUUGCGCAACAGCGCACAAGGUGUUAGAAAAUCAAUAAACAAUUAGUAAGUGGCUAUAGGUCAACAAAAAACAUAAAGUAAAUUAUCAAAAAAUGUAUCAGACAAAAGUGUCAUCUUUCAUAGUCAUGUGUAUUAAAAAAAUCACAAAUUCGCAA